AUGUUAGAAGAAUCUCAACUGAAUUUGACAUUAUGUUUAAAUGGCAAUCCCCAAAUAAAUGGAAUUCUAGAGAAAAUACAGAAAUUGGAGGCGAAAGUAAAAGAAAUACGAAAACAGGAUCAAAAGCCCACAGACGACAUUGUCGUUCAAAGGAGGAUGGAUGGUUCUGAGGAUUUCUUUCGCCCUUGGGCUGAGUAUAAACAGGGAUUUGGUAAUAGUUCUGGAGAAUUUUUCAUUGGUCUCGAUAAGCUGAAUAAUCUUACCAAUAGUCGUCCCUAUGAAUUGCUCAUUCGCAUCGAAGAUUGGGAUGAUGAUUGCCGUUUUGCACGCUAUGAUCAAUUUAUAAUUGGCACAGAAACUGAGAAAUAUAUCCUCAAGGAAUUGGGUAGAUAUAGUGGUUCCGCAGGAGAUGCCCUAAGCUAUUCAUUGGGUCAAAAAUUCACUACGAAAGAUCAAGGUAAUGACCACUGUUCAAAGAAUUGUGCUGUUGAAUUUACCGGAGCAUGGUGGUAUAAGAGUGGUCAUAGAGGGUAUGCACAUAUAUCCGCCUUGGCAAACUCCCUACAAAAAGAAAAUUUAAUAAUUUCCGAUAUACAUGGAAAAUUAAAUGAACUGGGACAAAGCUUGCUAAGCAAGCAACAAAGUUUAGAAGAAACGCAACAAAAUCUUACACAAUGUUUAAAUGAAAAUCCCCAAAUCAAUGGAAUUUUAGAGAAAAUACAUAAACUGGAGACGAGUUUAAAAGAAUUAAGAGAAAAUAUUAAAAAACCUGGUGACAUUGUCAUACAAAGGCGAAUUGAUGGUUCGGAGAAUUUCUUUCGUCCCUGGGCUGAUUAUAAAGAAGGAUUUGGUAACAGUUCUGCAGAAUUUUUCAUUGGCUUGGAUAAAUUGAAUAAACUUACCAAUACCCGCCCAUAUGAGCUGCUCAUUGUCAUGGAAGAUUGGGAGAAUGAUCGACGUUAUGCGAGAUAUGAUCAAUUUAUAAUUGGUACAGAAACAGAGAAAUAUAUCCUCAAGGAAUUGGGUAAAUAUACUGGCUCAGCUGGUGAUUCUUUGUCAUAUUCGCUGGGUCAGAAGUUCAGCACAAAAGAUCAAGAUAAUGACGUGUGGAGUAAAAAUUGUGCUGUUGAAUUUACGGGAGCUUGGUGGUUUAAGGAUUGUCAUAGAAGUAACCUCAAUGGACGUUAUAUUAAAGGCGGCAAAACCACUGUUUUUGCCCAAGGCGUUAAUUGGGAUCCAUUCAAGGGGUUUUAUUAUUCCUUAAAAAUUGUUGAAAUGAUUUUGCGUCCAACUUAA